AUGCUAUGGUAUAUACAUUCCAAAAUACUGGAAGUUUUUUAUACCGAAUCGGGAAGCCGCCCUCAAGAAGCUAAGCAAGCUGGUGGAUUAUCUGCCAAUUAA